AUGGUUGCCGAUUACGUCGACGAAGAUGCAUCGAUUCUGACCGGAGGUCUCUCGUUACCUCACUCUCGACGUCAAUCUCGGCCGAAGGCACGCGAAAAGGAACGAUCGUCGAGGAGAAGAGUAAGGGGAUACAGCACUCCUCCGAACGUGCCAACGACCAGGCCUCUUUCCUUCGAUCCUGCUGCUACUACUACUCGGCCACGACCUCCGAUAUCCUGUCCAGCUUCAUCCCUCGGCGAGCGCUGGAUAGUCCAUUUGAACGUAACUGUUUCGCAAGUCCCACUUACCGCCGCAGUAGCACGCGAAAAUGCUCUUAUUUCCUCGGUCAUCGUUCCGCGUCAUCGUCCACCAACGGCCACGGCGACGUUAAGGACCGCAGGAAACGAGGGCGAACCGAAAUCAGUCCGGCCUCUCCUCUGCGUCCUCCUCGGUGAUUUCUCCACGUCUUACGAGACGAGCGCGAGGAUAAUUUUGUUUCUCCUGUUUCCUUGUUCGCGUGCCUUUGAGGCAGUCAUCUCUCUGGCCUUGCCGCCACAAUUUAAGACGACACUCCAACGAAACGUCCUCAGACGCUGUUCUCAACAACGCGACGCAAUUGUCAGAUGGCAAAGUUUUGGCCUUGUUAUUUGCCUCGGUGUUUCUUUCCGACGACUGUUCGAUCGUUUGCUCGUUGGAACAUUAGGGGUGGCAUCGUUAAACCGCAGGGUAAUCGAUGUCCUGCGAGGAGGAUUCUUCUUGUUGCCGGUGACUUCCACGGCUGUUCAUACAUUUUCAUCGGGAAAACAGAGGGAAGCGAUACGUUACGAGUUCACGGAGGUGGCGCCUCGCCAACGUUGUUUCGAUGUCACGGUAGAGAAACUUCAACGUCAAUGGAUACUGAUAAGAGCGGCGAGUUUUGCCCGGAAGUUGGAGGGACAAGGAUUUAGACCGUGGGACGAGGUCUACCUGUACUUUGGAAACUGA